AUGAAUUCUGACUCCAGCUCGAGCAGAGCUUCUUCGCCAGAUAUGGAUGGGAUGUACCUCCGCGACCACCACAUACAAGACGGGCGACUCAACUCCGUGUCCUCGACACAGAACGAACUCAUCCAGAAAAUGACUAGCGAGCACCUGUCCAGGAGUGGGGAUAAAGCGCCGGGCGGCAGCAAGUACAAACUCAAGAAACAGGUCACCGAGGAAGAGAUCCAGCAGUUGAGACUGAAAAUCAACGGCAGGGAACGAAAGCGGAUGCACGAUUUGAACUUAGCAAUGGACGGCCUCCGAGAGGUUAUGCCAUAUGCGCAUGGUCCUUCAGUAAGAAAGCUGUCAAAGAUUGCUACUCUGCUUCUCGCCAGAAACUACAUCCUGAUGCUGACGAGCUCCCUUGACGAGAUGAAGAGACUAGUAGGGGAGAUUUACGGUGGCCAUCACUCCGCUUUUCACUGUGGGACAGUCAACCAUACCGGUGGCCACUCGGCUAAUCCAACACAUCAGGUGCACCCGCUACUCGGAAGCGCGCUAUCUUCGUCUACGUCCUCCACGCUGUCCACUACCUUAACCGGACUUACUUCAAUCAGGGCGCCUCACUCCUUGAUUAAGACGGCUCCUACACCUCCACUACAGCUCGGCAGCGGUUUCCAGCACUGGGCAGGCUUGCCAUGCCCUUGUACGAUUUGCCAGGUGCCCCCUCCUCCCCAUAUCCCAAUUACUUCAACUGGACUGACGAGACUUUCUAGCGAAAACAAAGACGUGAUGAAGUGA